AUGCCAAAAGCAUUUCUAGAGUACAGCCUAGGCUACUGGAAAGUCCAGCCCACACUCCUGGGCAAAGCCUCUGAAUUGGAGGCUCGAGGGGCGGAGCCUAGCGUGACUUUUCACGACUUCACUUUCCGGUCCAACACUGGGGAUUUAAUUGACGUCCUGGGUGUAUCCGUCGCUCGGCCAGCACCAGCGCCACUGUCCUCGCUGCACCCAGCGCCUCAACAGCCCCACAGAGCCGUCCACAUCCUGAACAUGCAGCCUAGCAGCAAUGACACGGACCCCGCGACCUGCUGGACACCACAGCCACAGGGACCCAGCCCUGCCAAGCGCCACUGCCUCCACGAUUCUCAGGCGCCAUCCCACCUUGAGGAGCCCUCUGUGUCCACGAGCUAUGCAUCGACCUCCAUGGUGUUCCUGGCCGCUGACUGUGUCCUACAGCUGCAGCUGGAUGGCGUCGAACUGCUGCUGGAGCCGGAUGCCAACUCGGUCCUGGAAGUGGAGCUCCCCGAACACACUAUCAUCCUGGUGCCCGAGGGCCUCCAGGCUCCAGACCAUCUUGGACAGCCUGGGUUCUUGUCCGCCACCCCGCAGGGGGGCGCUGUCUUGGAAAUGCCAGCGGAUGACCUUCUAGUCCUCCAGCCGGGAUCCUCCUGUGAGUUCAUUCUAGAAAGUUCCUACCAAGAGGAAUCCUAUGAUGAGGAUGAGGACUCUGGCUCCCUGUCUCCAUGGAUGGAUCCUCCAGCUGGUCAGGCAAGUGAGCACUUUUCCUCCACCAUCAGGAUGCCCAGUCCUUGGCCUCAGGGCCACAUCCCAGAACCAUAUCCUUCAGGGUCUUCCCCUAAUGCAGAGCCAUAUUCUCCAAGGUCUGUCUGGGACCAGGACAGCUACCUGCUGGGACCCUUCCCCAGCUCACCCCUGCAGCCUCUGCCUCCAUCUCCUCCUCCAAGUCCCCAAGAGCAGCGUCCUCCGUCCUCUCCUCGGUCCCCAUGCAAGGCCAGGAAGAGACUGUUCUGUGAAUGA